AUGGCCAAAAACGUGAGCUGUACGGACGAAGUGGUUACGGUGAAAUUCCGGACGGACGCCAACGAAACGUUGUUGACUCGGACGUUCAACCUGGACGCCGGCGUGGGCGUGCUGCGGUCGCAAGUGCAGCGACUGCUCGACGCGGACAACAUAUCCAUACUGCUGGACGGCUCGACGCUCGACGACGACGGCCAGAGUCUGCGGCAAUUGGGCGCCGCCGGUCUGGGCACAUUCGAGUUGGACGUGCGGGCCGACGGCGGUGUCCGCGUGCCACCCCAACGUUCCAACUACCUGCCGGCGAUGGACGUGAUCAGCGUGCACACCGGCCGGCGGACCGUCGUGGUGGAAAUCGAGAACUGCCUGGCCGGCAACAAACCGUGGCUGGGCGGUUACCGCGACCGCAACACCGGCAAGGUGUACCAUAACGCGGCCGCCCAGACGGACUUCCGGCCCAGAACGUACGCGGACGUGGUCCGGACGGACGGCGCGUGCCAAACGACGGCCGACAAAGGCGUCGGCCGGUCAGCGGCGGACAAACGGACGCAGACGGCCGGAGGAGACACGGCCGCCGACGGCCGGUGGCUGCGACCGCAGGCGUACGGCGGUUACCGGACCGCGGGGUCGCCGGAAGACGCGCGGGUGCUGGCGAGCGUGGUGGUAAUCCAGAGGGCCUUCCGCCGGGCCGCGGCUCGCCGGAAGCGCGCGGCCCAGUCGGCGGCGCAAAGGCCGAGCGGCACUUCGGAGGACCCGGCGGCCGUGUCGGCGCUGGAGUCGAAGCAGCAGCACUUCUACGCGCUGUACACGAUGAUCGGCAAGUGGUGGAAGAAGGAGAGGCAGCGGAUCAGGGAGAUCCGGGCGGACCGGUGCAGGAAGGCGGCGCAGAUGAACCUGCUCAACAAGGAGAUCAAGUUCCUGUUGGAGGUGGAAAAACAGCGGCUGGAACUCAAGUACGAGCUGACCAAACACGACGACAUCACGUUCCUGAACAAGACGUCCAAGCCGAAAAUGUUCAAAAACCGGAACGGCCAACUGCUCACCGUCGACACGGUGGGCAACCAAAAGGCCAGGGUGCUCAGGGACUUGUACGCCAGGGUCGUCGAGCAGCCGGCCGGGGCCGCGGACCGCGAGCGGGCGCUCCGGGACUUGUACGCCGUGGUGCGCGACUCGCCGUACAAGUACGCCGUUUACUUGCUGGACGCGAUCGACAUGGAACACGGCUUGAUCGCGCGUGUCCGGGUGGACGCGGGCGGCCUGCGGUCGGUGCGUCGGCGGGUCGAGCAGCUGUUCCGGCACUUCAUCCGGCAGCCCGAAGUCAACCCGGAGGCCGACUCGUACUACAGACCCACCGAGAAGCGCGUGCUGAACGUGUACACUUGCAUCCGGUGCAAACGCAACUUGGCCGCCACCGACUUCUCGUUGGAGAGCCGCGUGAACCGCACCAACGUGUGCGCCAACUGCGAAUGGGCCGAACAGGUGGGCCACAAGCACAUCGACAUGGCGCCGUACCGGCGGCUGCUCAAGGCGGUGCGGCGCGACGAGAUGCGGAUGGCCUGCUACGAGUCCGAGUGCUUCCUGAUGCAGCCCACCGAGGUGUACCGGCUGGUGACGGUCAUAUGGGAAGAGAAGUCGGCCUUGAGCGAGGCCAACCGGCUGGCCGCGUUGCGGUUGGUCCGGUGGCGGCGGCAACAGCGCUGGUCGCCCUGGAACUGCGUGCUGUUGACCCGGCAAGAGGCCGACGUGCAUCUGCGGGCGGAAGGCCCGCCGGAAGACUAUUACGACCGCAAGUUCGUGGCGCGGGUCACCGGCAAACACCUGACGGCCAAGUUGCAGUUCGUCAACCUGGUGCGGGCCGUCAACAACCGGUCGGCUGUCGGCCACGGCGCCAAAGCGUUGCCGAAAAACUGGCAGGUGAUCGCUGACAGUUUCAGCAUUAAGGUGUGACGUCACCC